ACCACACAUAACCUCAAAUAUUUUUCAAAGGCUUCAGGCAAAUCGUAUAAGAACUUUCCACAACGUUUUAUUACACAAAAAAGUAGAUAAAAAGGGCAAAUUCUGCACAAAAAAUUUCCUGACAUCAGAAGUCCCGGUAAAUGCUGUAAAAUGGCAGAGGAUCGGUUCAACAAGAACGUGGUUUAUCAAAAGUUUAUCGAAUAUACAAAUGCCCCAUUCACUAAGGCUUUGUUCACCAAUAAAAUUCAGGAGUUUAUGAAGAAAGGACGCAAAGAAGGUCCUCUUAUUGAAUUUUUUCUUGGAUUCGCAAAUGAGCACAAUAUCAUUCCGGAACCUGCAAGUUUUGCGGAAGAGAAGAGUGACGCCAAGGCGGAGGAAUUUCGUCUGAAGGGAAAUACCUUCUUCAAGUAUAAGAAGAACGUGGAGGCUAUUGAGGAGUACAACAAGAGCGCCUGCUAUGCUGUGUCCAAGGAGAAGAUCAGCCUUGCCAUUGCUAAUCGAUCUGCGGUCUUCUUUGAGAUGAAAAUGUUCCGGGAAUGCCUUGAGAGUAUCCGGAUGGCACGGGAGUACGGCUAUCCUGAGCAAUUGAAGGAGAAGCUGGAUCGAAGGGAGGCAAAAUGUAAGGAAGAGGUGGAGAAGCAGCCGCCGAAAGGAGAAUAUUUUGAACCAAAGAUCGACUUGCCGGUCAAUGAAAAGAUUCCCUUUGUAGCCAAAUGUCUCACAUUGCGAGAGGAUAAGACUUUUGGAAGGCACAUUGUGACAAAGGAGAAGAUCCCCGCUGGGACGAUUAUUGCCAUUGAGAAACCCUACUGCAAAAUUCUUGCAGAUAAGGAGAUUUACCUCAGAUGUUCCAACUGCACUGAUGACGUUUCCUAUCUGCUGUUUCCCUGUGACUCCUGCACUCACACCAUGUUCUGCUCCAAGGCGUGCCAGGAGGAAGCUAUGAGGGAUUUUCACGCCAUCGAAUGCCCAAUCACAGGAGCUUUGUUUAAACUGUUGGACAUGAGCCUUCGAAUUAGCUUCCGACUAAUUAUUCGGGGUUUCUUGACGUUCCCAGACACAGAGACAAUGGCUGUGGCCGUUAUGAAGAUUGAGCGGGAGAAGAAGAACGUUUUUAGCUUUGACUGGCGUCAGGAACUCACACCGGAGGAACUCUUUACGCCUAUUAAUAACAUGCGGACGAGCGACGUGUUCUUCAAUGAUUACUCUUCCGUCACGGUUCUUUGCUUCACUUUGUGCAUCAUGGAGAAAUUGCUGAAGAAGGGUUCUCCGGUGUUCAAGCAGCAGUAUCUGCCGACUAGAGAGGCAGAAGAGUUCCUCAAGUUUUACCUCUUCCAUAAACUUCCAGUGAAUGUUGCUAAUAACAAUUACCUCAAUGGUGUGAUGGACUCCUAUGGCAAUCAAUACAAUACAAUGCGAGGAAUGGCUUGCUCUCCCUUCUUCAGCCUCAUUAACCACUCAUGCUCCCCCAACGUUGCGUGUAUCCCAUCCAAGGGAGCUGCAGGAGUGAUGUCGUGCAUUAUCACCCUGAAGACUAUUCCUGCUGGGAAACAACUCUUCACCAGCUACGAAUUCACUCAUUUUCUCUUCGAGAAGUCAGUGCGUCGGGAGAAUCUGGAGAACCGCUAUAACUUCAUCUGCAAAUGCGUGGCCUGCAUCAAGAAUUACCCCAGAUACAACAUCCUUCCGUCACCAAAUUAUGCUUUUCUUCAGUGCUUGUUCACCGUGGAAGACGCAAGGAAGUGUUUUGUCGAAGUGAAGGAUUUCCUCUGCAAGAACGGCCAUAAGUAUCCAACUGUCCAACUCUGCAUUGCUGAAGAGGAGCUCAAGUUCUACCUCAGCGUCAUGUGCGGGAAUAUUUCACUCACGAUCCGUGAGAAAUCUCGUUUGAUGGCUCAAGAAUACUUGCCCGCAGAGAAUUAGUGAGUAAUUUCUUUUUUUAUCUUCUUCAAUUUAUCACCAACCCUCUGGAAUUAAUCAAAACAUCAUGAAUUAAGAAAAUGUUCUUCCAACUGAAUUGAAUUCAAUUUGAAAAGGGAAAAGAACCCUUAAAAUAUUUUUUGAAAUAAUUAAGAAAUGAAAUAAAAAAAAACCUUAAUGGUCAACUUAGAAAGAA